GCUUGCAGAGCCUUACUACGGGCCGCUCCUCCGUGAUUUCCGGGGACUGGGCGCGGCAGCGGCUGCUUUCGGCUGGAGAGGAUUCAAUGCUGCAUCUCCGGGAUGCCUUCCGCCGGGGUCAGUGCAUCGGACACCUGGAGGGGCACACAGAUGCCGUCUUGUGCGUGUCAGUGGACUGGGCUAGCACUCGAGCACUGAGCGGAAGCAGUGAUCGCCGCUUGGUCCUGUGGGACAUGGCCGAGUGGAAGUCGCUGCGGACCUUCCAUGGCCACCGAGACGCGGUGCGCUGCCUUAGCGUGGACUGGGCGAAGGGUCAAGCGCUCAGCGGCAGCUUUGACCGCACCUUGCUGCUUUGGGACCUGGAGAACGAAAAGGCGCUUGCCUCCUUAGAGGGCCAUCGGGACUGGGUUUGCUGCGUAUGCUGCUACUGGCCCGGGCGAAAAGCGCUCAGCGGUGGCAGGGAAGGUGCACUGAAGCUUUGGGACUUGGACACGGCUUCUUGCACGUUGACGCUCGAGGGCCAUCCAGAUGCCGUUUGGAGCGUGGCGCUCAACUUGACCGAAGCUUCUGCCGGGAGGGCGUUGAGCGCGGGCCGGGACCGCCAGCUGCGGCUUUGGUGCUUGGCGGAGGGCCGGCUUUUGCGGUGCCUGGCGGGUCACCAGGAUGCUGUGAGGUCCUUGGAUGUGGACUGGGCUUCGCAGCAAGUCCUUAGCUGCGGCUUUGACAACGUGCUGCGACUUUGGAACCUGGAGUCCUCAGAACAUAUCCAGGAAUUCGAGGGUCACACCAGAGGUGUGACCUGCUGCAGCGUGGACUGGACCUCGGGCAUGGCGGUAUCUGGAGGCGAAGACAGCACGGUGCGGCUCUGGGACAUUUUCGCAGAAGAUGAUGCGUCAGAUCGCGUCCUGGGCGGGCAUGCCGGGGCAGUGCUUUGCGUCUCUAUGGGCUGCGGCCCCAGCAUCACACCACGUGGAGACAGCGCAGGCCCUGAUGCUUUCUCAGCCUACGCAGCCUGGGGCGAGCAGGUGACCAGAAUGAUGGCUGGCCGAGUGAUAUUCUAGCAGCGGAGCUGCGAGUUCGUUCAGAUGAUCACACGUGGUGACCCCGGUGGGGCAAGGAUGAGGCAAACGAAGCUCUUCAAGGCUGGCGUCCUCUGACCCGGCGAUGCUCCACGCAGCGAGACCCGCGCAUUGCGAUGCGGCCUCGAGGAGGCCGACUGUGAGACAGCUGCGCGAUUCGGUAUCGAUCCUAGAGCCCGAUUUCCUGGAAGGGGCCUCGGAAUAUCUCGGAAUGCACAAAAUCCUCAGAGGUAGAAAACAAUUGCCUUUGUGCGCACAGUACCUUGACUGACUGGCCUUGCUGGCAACAGGCAAGCCAGCCAAUGUAAUGUGCACACAGCAGAUUGUUUGAAUCCAGCAACCGGGGCGGACAUAAGUUCUACAGAGGAAAAUGCAGUACCAGUAUCGCUGUUUCGGCGUUUGUACGUUGAAAUGGCGUGGCCAUUGCA